UGAUGAAAAUUUGUAACAGAAAAUUAUGUGGAAGUUGAGGAUAGCAACAGGAGAUGGUGAAGAAUGGUUGAGCACCACCAACAACCAUGUCGGUCGCCAAUAUUGGGAGUUUGAUCCCGAUGCAGGAACCGAUGAGGAACGAGCUGAGAUCGAAAGGGUUCGUGACAACUUCAAAACUAAUCGAUUUGAAUUCAAACAAAGCGCCGACUUAUUAAUGCGUUUACAACUAAGAAAGGAGAACCAGAUCAAAGGAAUACCGAAAGCAAUAAAAUUGAAAGAAACAGAAGAACUAACAAAUGAAGCAGUCACGACUACAGUCAGGCGAGCCAUCGGCUUCUACUCCACCAUUCAAGCUCACGAUGGCCACUGGCCUGCGGAAUCUGCUGGCCCCUUGUUCUUCCUUCCUCCACUGGUGAUAGCACUCUAUGUGACAGGAGCCAUGAAUGCUGUUCUAACACCUGCACAUCAACUAGAAAUCAAACGCUACAUAUACAAUCAUCAGAAUGAAGAUGGAGGUUGGGGAUUACAUAUAGAGGGUCACAGCACCAUGUUUGGAUCGGUUGUUAGUUACAUUACAUUGAGAUUGCUCGGAGAGGAAGCCGAUAGUGAUGCAGAAGAUAUGGCAGUGGUUAGAGGCCGUAAAUGGAUCCUUGACCACGGUGGUGCAGUCGGGAUUCCUUCAUGGGGAAAGUUUUGGCUUACGAUACUUGGAGUACACGAGUGGGGAGGCUGUAACCCUAUGCCACCAGAAUUUUGGCUCCUCCCUAAGUUUUCCCCAGUUCAUCCAGGCAAAAUGUUGUGUUAUUGUCGCCUAGUUUACAUGCCGAUGUCGUACUUAUAUGGCAAAAGAUACGUGGGAAGAAUAACUGGACUGGUUCAAGCGCUAAGGCAAGAGCUUUAUACAGACCCUUAUCAUGAGAUUAAUUGGAAUAAAGCGCGCAAUACUUGUGCAAAGGAAGAUCUUUACUACCCACAUCCUUUUGUUCAAGACAUGGCAUGGGGCAUCCUUCAUAAUGUUGUUGAACCUAUAUUAACACGUUGGCCGUUUUCCAAGCUACGAGAAAAGGCCAUGAAAGUUGCAAUGGAGCAUGUUCAUUAUGAAGAUCUCAGCAGUAGAUAUCUUUGUAUUGGAUGUGUGGAAAAGGUGUUAUGCUUGAUUGCAACCUGGGUAGAAGAUCCGAAUGGGGAUGCAUAUAAGCGUCAUCUUGCACGAAUCCCUGACUACUUUUGGGUUGCUGAAGAUGGGAUGAAAAUGCAGAGUUUUGGCUGUCAAAUGUGGGAUGCAGCAUUUGCUAUUCAAGCUAUUUUGUCAAGUAAUCUAGAAGAAGAAUACGGACCAAUGCUUAAAAAAGCACACGACUUUGUAAAAUCCUCACAGGUUCGAGAUAAUCCGCCUGGAGAUUUCAGUAAAAUGUACAGACACACUUCUAAAGGAGCAUGGACGUUUUCCAUGCAAGAUCACGGUUGGCAAGUUUCUGAUUGUACCGCAGAAGGCUUGAAGGUUGCCCUUUUGUACUCCCAAAUGAGCCCAGAACUUGUGGGCGAAAAAUUUGAAACAGAGCGCCUCUGCGAUUCUGUCAACGUUAUUCUUUCUUUACAAAGUGAAAAUGGCGGUUUUCCAGCUUGGGAGCCACAGAGGGCAUAUUCUUGGUUAGAGAAGUUCAAUCCAACGGAAUUUUUUGAAGAUGUAUUGAUCGAGCGAGAGUAUGUGGAAUGCACUUCAUCUGCAAUCCAAGGUUUGACACUCUUCAAGAAGUUGCACCCUGGACACAGAACAAAGGAGAUUGAACACUGCAUUUCGAGAGCUGUGAAGUACAUCGAAGACACUCAGAAUCUUGAUGGUUCAUGGUAUGGUUGCUGGGGAAUUUGUUACACCUAUGGUACAUGGUUCGCAGUAGAUGCGCUAGUAGCGUGUGGACACAACUAUCGUAACAGUCCCACCCUUCAAAAAGCUUGCGAAUUUUUGCUUUCGAAACAACUCCCAGAUGGUGGAUGGGGAGAGAGUUAUCUUUCAAGCUCAAAUAAGGAAUAUACGAAUUUGGAGGAAAAUCGGUCGAAUUUAGUACACACAUCAUGGGCUUUGAUAUCUCUUAUGAGAGCUGGACAGGCCGAAAUUGAUGUUACACCGAUAAAACGUGGCAUACGACUUCUCAUUGAUUCACAAAUGGAAGAAGGAGACUUUCCUCAACAGGAAAUCACAGGAGUGUUCAUGAAGAAUUGUACCCUCAAUUACUCAUCAUAUAGAAAUAUCUUCCCCAUAUGGGCUUUGGGUGAGUAUCGUCGUAUCGUUUAAUUUGCAUGAAGUUUUCGAUGAUUAUAUUACUUGUCUUUUCGUUUCAUUCCUCUUCGUGUAUCGAAUGGCAUUACGUUAAGAUGUAAAAUAAGGACGACAUUGUAAUAUGUAUCUAUAAAAUUGGAAUUGUGAAACAUGUUGUCCGGUCGUUCAGUUUGUGU